AUGUUUGUGGAACAGAAUCUGAAUAAGCAAGUUAUCAGCUUUACCCAGACCCUUGCACCGCAACAGUCGCCGGCUGCUAUAAGCAAGCCCAAUGCCAAUGCGAUAUCCGGCCACCCGUUGGCUCCACCCGCAAAGAGACAGAGGUUUGAGCCUUCGACGCUUGAGAUGGACACUUUGCCCAGCUCUUCCGCGCCCAGCUUCUCGUCAGCUGUUUCCAGACCCGGCUCCAUCAAGACUUCGAGUGCUCCCCCUGCAAUUCUCAGCAGCGAGGCUGCUUCAACGCCACACCCAGAGAGCCACCAACUGCAUUUCCACGCACCACCUGGCAAACCCAAGACUCAAGUGGAUGUGCAGGCGCCGAGAACACUGCGCACGUUUCACAAGUUCGAGCCCAAGUCUCCCUCCACAAUGUCGCCGUCGUCGUCGUCGUCGUCGUCAACAACAACUGCCUUGGACAACAAGAUAUGCCAGUGGUAUUGCUGUUCCUGUGGCCAGUCGUAUGGCUCGGUCUUGUACAAGCAUGACUAUGACCAGAAAACCGCAUUGGACAGUCGGCACCACCACCACCACCACCACCCCCACGAGCUGCAAAUCGCCGAGGGAAGCACCAGCUUUGCCUCCACAACUUCAGCAGCAAACAUUAAUCCAAAUUACAUAUUUGACAGUUUAAAGUACUACAGCCUGGUUGUUUAUCGAGAUCACAAGCACGCCAUUUCAAAUUCACCCACGCUAACCAAAGCAAGCAGCUACAUUGACUUGAAGCUACAGCAGCAGCACCACGAACCAAGACGAAAUCUGUGGAAGCCACCUUCAACUUUGGCCAAGUCCCCCGUGAGUCAAAAACACAAGAACACCAGCAACGAAGAACAACAACAAAAAGAAGAAGAGGAUGAGGAGGAAGAAGAACACGCGGAAGGACAGUACUGCCGAAAUGAGUGCCUGGAGCACAGCAUCAUCUACAAAUCAUCGAAUCGGUCCCCGCCUCAAACACCCCCACAGCCACCUGCGCUAUUAUCGCCUUCGCACUUGCACCUCGACUUGAUCUCCAACAACAAGUUGAUUGAGUAUCAAGAUCGCGUCAUUUUGAACAUCCCUACCAGGUUCACGUGCCACCGGUGCGACCACAUGAUGUGUCCAUAUUGUUUGAAAUUGAGAUUGAAAGAUAUCGACUCUUCUUGA